CGACACGUUUAAGGCAUCGCUGAGGCACAACGCCACCCGUCACAUCCGUUUUGCCUGCGCACUCUUCCCAUUAUGGAACACCUUUCAGAAGAACUACUCGAUCAUGUAGUGUCCGAAGUCAUCAACCCUCUACCGAACAGACAUAGGUCACACUAUGAUGAUCUCCUCAAUUUAUCACUGGUCUCCCGAACAUUUUGUCGAAUCGCAGAGCCGUAUAUGUAUCGCUCGUUGAUCGUCUCUGGAGACAAUGGGAACGGCUUGUUGCGAACAUUAAAGAAACGUCCUGAUCUGCUACGAUACGUUCGGGCCGCCUACGUGAUGCAGUAUGAUCACAUUGGUAAACGGAUACGCAAUUUCAUAAUAAAUAUACCCAGCUUGCAAGAGUUGGACUUGAACAUUUGGUCUGGCACGCUAUCCGACAUCGUACCAGUUUUGAAGUUGCAGACCUUGAAGACACUACGCCUCUCGGGUGUUGCCGCUGGCGAGAUUCCCGACGAAAACUUUGACGACUGGGAAUUCGAAAACAACACACUCAGUACCCUGGAUAUCUCCUUCACUGAUCCUAAGUUCCAAUGGGAGCUCUGUAACGAAAUUCAGGUCUUUGCUGCAGUGUUUCUCAAUUUGAGAUGUUUGAAACUGCACAGCAAUUAUGAAGGCAGCAUACGCGAUGUAUUGGAUGGCACUGCUUUCCGCUACCUGAUCCGCGCGUUCAAGCACAGUUUUGAGACAACGCUUCGCGAGCUCACUUUCGAAUACAAUCAUCCGAACGAUGGCUUCAUAAUCGAAGAAGAUGAGGCCGUGGGCGGGUGUGCUGGUGUAAGGGACAUAAUCAAGGAUUCGCAGCUGGAGAAGCUCAGAUUCGACACAAUCUGUUUGCACAAACCCAUGCAAGAAGCGAAACUACGGAGUCUCGUCCUCGGCCCGUCAUGUCUACCUACAUCGCUACGCACACUAUAUCUGCGCCACAUCGUUGCGACCGGAAACCUCAAUCCCAGGGAAAGGAACCUCAUGCACUCGGACGAAGCGCAGUGUUUAUCGCAACUCGUCAACCUGGCGGCGCGAAGAUCGCGCUUUCCGCAUCUGCAGAACCUGACACUAGUAAUCUGUCUACCACCAUUUUUCGAGGACGUUGCCGCGAGGGUCGUCAAGGUUCAGGCACGGAAAGUCAAGGUUCAGUUGGAUUUGAUGUUCAUGUAAGGUCGGAGUGGGACUACGUCAGCGGUGAUCUGGCAAGAGCUUGGCCUGAGUAUGAUCGUGCUCGAGACCCGCGAGACCCAUCAUAUGACCAUACGCUCAUCCGGUACGCGUAGGCCUGUUGCCCAGCCCGCGGUUACUAGCAGCAAUCUGCUUGACGGCUUCAUGCGCUGGCGCGGAGAUCUGUAGAUCUACAACCGAUCAACGCGGCAUCAAAUCUUUUGUCUACUAAGCCAACGCAAGGCUUCACAACUGUCAUCCGCAGCUGGACUCCUAAAGUAAGCCUGAACGAUGUCUAAGGUGCAGUGCCCCAAGAUCGCCACCGGUUUUG